ACCUGGAGCCCCGGCCGGGGGCGGGGCUGCGGACGCUCCCCCUUCCUCCGGCUCCAGCCGGCGCAGGCAGCGGCGGCAGCAGCAGGCGAGCCGCGGCCCGGCGAGGCCAUGAAGGUGAAGAAGGGCGGCGGUGGGGCCGGGACGGGGGCGGAGCCCGCUCCCGGGCCCUCGGGCCCGAGCGUGGCCCCCAUACCAGAGCCGCCGGUGGAAUCUGAAUCUGGGUCCGAGUCGGAGCCGGACGCAGGCCCAGGGCCCAGGCCGGGGCCGCUGCAGAGGAAGCAGCCGAUCGGGCCGGAGGACGUGCUGGGGCUGCAGCGGAUCACGGGUGACUACCUGUGCUCCCCUGAGGAGAAUAUCUACAAGAUCGACUUCGUCAGGUUUAAGAUUCGGGACAUGGACUCAGGCACUGUCCUCUUUGAAAUCAAGAAGCCCCCAGCCUCAGAGCGGUUGCCCAUCAACCGGCGGGACCUGGACCCCAAUGCUGGGCGCUUUGUCCGCUACCAGUUCACACCUGCCUUCCUCCGCCUGAGGCAGGUGGGAGCCACGGUGGAGUUCACAGUGGGAGACAAGCCUGUCAACAACUUCCGCAUGAUCGAGAGGCACUACUUCCGCAACCAGCUACUCAAAAGCUUCGACUUCCACUUUGGCUUCUGCAUCCCCAGCAGCAAGAACACCUGCGAGCACAUCUACGACUUCCCCCCUCUCUCUGAGGAGCUGAUCAGCGAGAUGAUCCGUCACCCGUAUGAGACCCAGUCUGACAGCUUCUACUUCGUGGAUGACCGGCUGGUGAUGCACAAUAAAGCAGACUAUUCCUACAGCGGGACGCCCUGACCCCAUGGCUGCUCUGACCCCAGGAGGCUCCGGUUCUGGGCUCUGAGCUGUGACCUCCCCAACACUCACCCCUCAACCCCAAGUCCUCUGCUUGGGGAGUGCUCCAGGAGCCCCGGACCCUGAGUCAAUGUUGGGAGGAAGGGUACCUGGUGUCCCCAGUCAAGCCGGUGAAGCCCAUGGGGCUGCUAUAUGGGGUGGGGUCGUAGGGAGGCUGUUUGCCUCCAUGUCUAGGAAGGCCUGUGAGAGGAGCAGUUGGGACUUCCGGACAACUUAGCUGGGCCCUACUUGGACCCAAGUUUCAGAAUAGUGUUCCCCUAUCAAGGCUGUGACUAGAUCAGGCAGGGAUCCAUUCCCUGUCCCCUGCCCGCUACCUUCAGGCCAUUUAGAGUUGUAAAUUUACAAAGAUCCACGGUGGGCUCCAGCUGCCAAGCCACCCAAGGGAGUCUGGGCCCUAGGCCCAGCCCCAUCUCUCCCCAUGAGGGGCCAAGACACUGCCUGAGGUGUGGGAGGGACUGGCUGAGAUUGCAGCCCAUUGUAGGAGCUGGACCAACUGUAUAUAGUUUUCAAUAAACUUUUUCCUUUUCUGUUC